UCAAUCUUCAUCUUCAUCUUCAUUUUCCUUCAAUUCACAGAAACAAACUCCGAUAAACAACUCUCUUUCUCAUUUACAUUACACCUACACAGAGCUAGCUAGAGACAGUGAGAGAAGAAUGGCCUGUGUGGUUGUACUUUCUCUUAUGAGGACGCUAGAGCUUGAGUUCUUGCAACCUCUGCCUCGUCCAAUUCUACAACAAAAUAAACUACUCAUCCCUCGCAACAUAGAGUUGAUCCAGUCUCUCCAUGGAAAGCUCCAAUCUCUUAUUGAGUUAUUUGAUGAGAAUAGGAUGGAUGGUGUGGAGGCAAUUAAAAUCUUGGAAACCAGACUCAGAGAUGUAGCUUUCAGAGUAGAAGAUGAAAUUGAACUCCAAGUAGUACAUCUUUAUCAGGAAGAGGAAAGGGAUACUUGGGGUCCUCGGGGAUGCUCAAUGCUUUGCCGAAUUUUUCAUCCGCCAAAGGGAAAUCCAAGGGAGUAUAAUGAUGUAGUGGAGAGAACUUGUCCUUCUCAGUCACUUGGUUAUAUAUUGCAACAAGCAAUACAAGACAUUGAUGCCAUCAAAGAAGAGCUGGUGAAAGUGAAGGAGGAGUAUGAGCUUUCCAAAGAUCUACACGGAAGAAAUGCUGCCCUUGAUGUUUUACCAAAGCCUGCAGAUGAUGAAGUUAUCACGAUGGCUCAUUCUUCCCACCAUGCUUCACAUUCCCAGGAAAUAAUGGUCGGAAAACAAGAUGAGUUUGAGAUUAUAAAGGAGAAGCUAAUCCAACAUCCCUCCCAACAGCUAGAAGUUGUCUCGAUUAAAGGUAUGGGAGGUAUUGGUAAGACAACAUUAGCAAAGAAAAUUUAUAAAGAUCCAUCAAUCACUUCCUACUUUGAUAUGCGAGCAUGGACUGUCGCAUCACAGUAUCACAAUAAGAGGCAAAUGCUCUUAGAUCUUCUUGGUUUCAAAGACGACGAUGCAGACAAAAGCAGUGAUGGGGACCUAGCAUUACUACUCAAAAAAAGUUUCAAGAAGUGUCAAAGGUACUUGGUUGUGAUGGAUCCGUAUGGAGUGUAGAGGCAUGGUAUGAUGUCAAAGCUUGCUUUCCUGAUGAUGAAAAUGGUAGUAGAGUAUUGUUGACAACUCGCCUUGGUGAGGUGGCUAAUCAUAUCUGCUCCAAAGAUUACUUUUCUCAUCAAAUGCAAUUGUUAGGACAAAGUGAGGGUUGGAAACUAUUUAAUGAAAAGGCAUGUAAAUCUCGCGGUGCUGAAUUUGAAACAAGUGAAUUUGAAACAAUUGGGAGACCGGUAGUUGAAAAAUGCAAAGGAUUGCCUCUGGCAAUUAUUGUGGUUGCAGGCCUUUUUUCGAAACUCAACACUCUAGAGGAGUGGAAAAAUACUGCCAAUGCUCUAAGUUUUUCUUCAACAACUACUCUAGAUGAUGAAGAAUGUUCGAGAAUACUCUCAUUGAGUUAUAAUCAUUUGACCCACAACUUGAAAGCUUGUUUCUUAUACUUGGGAGUUUUUCCAGAAGAUCACAAGAUCCAUGCUAAUAAUCUUGGAAGGUUAUGGCUUGCCGAAGGACUCGUAAAGGCAUUUGAGAAUGAAGAGUUUGAUGCAGUGGCUAACAGGUACAUGCUAGAACUUAUGGAUAGAAACCUAAUCAUUUUAAGCCAGCUAAGCCCUUGUGGAAGAAAAAUUAAGAGCUUUAGGAUGCAUGAUUUAUUGCAUGCCUUUUGUGUGAGAGAAGCUCAAAAGGAGAACCUUUUGCAUGUUGUCCUGAGUGAAAAUAGGUCUGAUUUCCCUCAGAAAGGCUUUCGUUGGGUAAGCAUCCAAUCUGUAAACUUUGACAUGUCUACAAUACGUUCUCAAUCAAAAAGCUGGAAGUCGUUUUUGUAUUUUUUGUUGGAGGAAUCAUCUUUGGAGUUCAAUGAUUUCAAUCUAUUAAGAGUACUCUACUCCAGUACUAAGUCCAUGAAGGUUAUGGUCCUUACGGAUAUUGUCCAUUUGAGAUUGCUAAUACUGAAACAAAAUAUAAAACUGUCCAGAGCUAGGGGAUUCCUAAAGCCAAGGUGUAGAAAGGGUAUAGAAUUGUCCAGGUCUUGGAAUCUUCAAACACUUCUUUGUUCCAAAGUCGUAUCAUAUAGAUCAGAUGAUGGAGGGAACUAUUCGGAGUUUCCACAACUACAGUAUAUUCGUUGUUAUGAUGGCUUUAUUCAUGGAAAUCCUCCCAGUUUUGUUCAUAAACUUUUUAGGAUAAGAGUUGAUGAUUGCACACAAGAAUACAUUAAGAAUAUUCCAUUCUUAAAAAAGGUAGGCAUUGUUUGUGAAGGCAGAGACGAUUACAAUGGUUGCAUUACGAACCUUGCCUCUUCAGAGCAGCUUGAGGGACUUCAUUUUGGUGGUACUGAGUUUUACAUACAUAGUCAAUUUACUAAUCAUAUUGUUCUCCUGAAAAAUCUUAGGACGUUGUCAUUAUUUUUUGUGGUAUUUGAUUCCGAUGGAAUUGAUAUUCUUAGCAAGUUGCCUAGGCUUGAGGUCCUCAAGUUAAAAUAUAUUGGAUUCCGAGGUGCACAGUGGAAAAUACAAGAGGAAGUGAUAUUUUGCCAGUUAAUAUUUUUGGAAAUUUUUUGCACUCCUCUCGAGCAUUGGGAAGCUAGUAGUCAUAAUUUCCCAAAACUUGAGCACCUAUAUAUUAGGUUUUGCUAUAAAUUGAGAGAGAUCCCAAUUGACUUUGCUGAAAUUUCAACAUUGAAGUCAAUCAAAUUAAGGGAGUGUCUUCAUUCUGCUGUGGAAUCAGCCAAAAAAAUUCUGGACGAACAACGUGACUAUGGAAACAACGAUAUGGUUGUUAUCAAGAAAGAAACAUUAAAUGUUUCGGAAUCUGAGGAAAGCCUGAGUGAAGAAGAGCCAGAUCAGAAGUGGAUAACUGAUAAUUGAUACCUUGUAUUCACUUUUAGGCAGAAGACAACAAUGGUAAUAUUUGGAAGCUUUUAAUGUGUUGGCUCAAAGGCAAAGAGCUGAACAAAUCUGAUGGGAAGAGAGAGAGAGAGUAUUGUAGCCCCGCCCGGACGGCCAGGCGUUUGUAGAAACUCAUUCAAGAAUCCAAUGCUUGCAAGAAUUCAUGGAGAAUGAAUAUAUGCAUGCAUGUAUAUAUGCUAUCUAUUUCUUGGAGUUUAGUUGUUGGAAUCGUAUCAGACAAUCACAAAACUCUGAGGAGUGCUCAAACUUCAUGUCUUGUAUUUUAGUACUGAAUUGGAAGCUUAAAACUUUACAAUACUCUUGAAGCUUAGAUUUGCAAUGUGUGUGUGUGUGUGUUUUUGAUGCAUACAUAUUGUUGGAGUUGAUGAUGAGUGUUAACAAACUAAUGAAGAAGAUUGCUUUGCUUAAA